GUUUUUGUUGUUUUUUAUUACUUGCCCUAAAGAAAAGUCAUCAUUAUAUUUAUUUUUAAUAUACAGUUUUAUAUCUAAUCUACAAUCAUGUCGGAUGACUCCAAUAAUAAUCCAAAACAUAUGCCAAUUGAAGAAUCAAUACUAUCGGCACAAAAGAUCUAUCUAGAUACAAUUCAAACAAAUGACAUUUGCAAAGGAUUGGCCGAAUUGGAGCCUCAUGUGAGCAAGAGCAUUUACCAUAGUUUUCUCAAAUGUGUUGGCCUUAUUAUCAUCGCGUUCUCAUCAAUGAGCAAGGAGGAUAUUGAUAAAGCGCAUGAAAGUCUAACAGUGUUGGCCAAACAGACCAAUAAGAUCCGCAAACAUGGCAUAUUGAUUAGUGCACUAAAAAUUGUCAAAACACCCAACUAUAACAAAUACACCGACUUGGAGUUGCAUGCUGAAUUGUUGCAUACAUUCUACCUGUCCAUGAGUGCAUUGAUAUGCGGUAUGGAAACUCAUAACAUCUACGGACUCAUUAAAGUUGCCUAUCGUUUGCAAAAGUUUAUCAAAAACUUUAAGGGCUGUCGUGUGAUACUGAAGAAGAGGAAACAAUGGGAGAACGAGACGUCGAGACAGAACUUCGAGGCCGGCGUGCGGUUCGCUAAUGGGCUCAAGAAUCUGGCCAUCAGUCAAAUACCACCGAAGAUACUGAGAAUUAUCAACAUUUUGGGCUAUAAGGGACAGGAGAGUGUGGGUCUGGAGGAGUUGAACAAGGCCGCUUUCGAGUUGCCCGGUAUGAACGCCCGGUUCGCGCGUACGUUCUUCAUUGUGUACUGGCUUUACGGCAAAUCUCACGGCGGGUUAGGACUCAAUAAAGACAUGAAACACUGCGAAGAGGUUAUUCGCAAAGAGCUCGGCGAACACCCAAAGAGCAUCGUGUAUCUGGGUGCCCUGGCCAAACUGGAACAAGUGAAGGGCAAUUUGGACACAUCCAUAGCCAUGAAUGAGGAGCUGCUGAAGAAUGAAUACAUCGCUUUCCAUAAGGCGGUCCACUUUGAGCUAAUGUUUUCUCACGCGCUUAAGUCUGAUUGGGACGCGUGUAUCAAAUACGCGGAACUCGUGCGCAAAGGCACUGAACACUCGCCCACUUAUACCACUUAUGCUGAGGCCGUCUUCCGGUACGUGAAGGCAAUGGAAGAAUGCGAUGUCUCGCAGAAGGCUAUUGUCUCCAAACUCAUGGAAUCUAUACCGACCCUCCGGAUCAGACAUUUGGGCAAAACAAUAACCCCUGAGAAGGUAGCCGUCGAGUGUUCCAUCAAAUACGUUAAGAAUAAGGAAUUCCUUAUUUUACCGGAAUUGGAUCUGUUGUAUCAACUAAAUUGGCUGAAUCUGAUCCGCGGUAAUGAAGUGCUAUUGAAUAAAUUCAUGGUUAGAGUGGAGAAGGAGGUCAACCAUUUUAAGGAUAAUAUUUCGGACAAUUAUCUGAGCGCUCUCUUCUAUAAGGGAGUCCUUCUUAGACUAUUGGGUAAACCAAAUGACGCCAAACAAUGCAUUCAAACAGUGGUUGAUAAGUAUGUAUUCAAAACACAGUCUCCAUUAUUAACACCCUGUCCGCCGUACCUGUGCUCAGACACAUAA